UUCGAUCCGUCUUGCAUUCGCCAUGACCAUUAACAAAUCACAAGGCCAAUCCUUGAAAGUUUGUGGUCUGAAUCUAAAAAAUCAAUGUUUCUCACAUGGUCAAUUAUAUGUGGCAUGUUCACGGGUCGGAAAACCAUUUGCGUUGUUUGUUCUUGCACCUGAUAAUAAAACAAAAAAUGUCGUGUAUCACAAGGUGCUUAACUGAAGAGUGGUAUCUAUUGAAGCUUCAUUGAAAUACUUGAUUAAUAAAAAAAUUUACUUAAUAAAAUCAAAAAUUUGCUUUUUUUGCCUCUAGGGCGGAACGAAGUUCGCCGGGUCAGCUAGUUGGAUGAUGAAAAUGAUCGCGGAAAAUCUUAUUUGUUGAACGUUAAAGAAUUGGACAAAUGCAACGCUAACAUGAUCGCAACAUUUUUUACUGAAUCAUUGUUACUUUUAUGGCCUUAAGGAAUUCAAUAUGAAAAUCUUAUGCUCGUUACUACCGAUGCUGCUGAAUAUAUGAUUUCCGCAAUGAAGUCUCUUCAAGUUUUCUUGCCAAAAAUGCUACACGUUCCAUGUUUUGCCCAUGCAUUGCAUCGAUUGGUAGAAUUUAUUCGUUCAGAGUUCCAUGAAGUAAAUUUGUUGAUAUCAAAAUUAAAGGCUACCUUCGUCAAAUCCGCAGCUCGACGACAGCUGGUUAAGCAAGCAAAUCCGAACAUAACACUGCCACCCGAACCAAUUGUCACUAGAUGGGGAACUUGGCUGCAAGCAUGUGAUUACUAUGCUGACAAAUUUGACGCUUUAAAAUCGGUUGUUGGUUAAUUGAAUGAUGCAGAUUCGGAAUGUGUUCGAGAUGUAAAAAAGCGUUUAGAGCGUCCAAUAUUCGACAAGAUUUGGCAUUCAUAAAAGCUAACUUCAUGUUCAUCGCAGACAAGAUCAAAAUAUUAGA